GGUUUUAGGUCUGUGAAGACAAAGAUGGCGUCAUGGUGCCGCGCAUGCGCGUGCCAUCGACUCGUCCCGGCCAGCCAGUCUCGUGUGACAGUCGUUCGGUGAUGUCCGCGGUCGAAUGGGCGGCGCGGGUUGGGCGCGCGGCGAAGCGCGCGUUGCCGAUGAUUCAGAUUUCGAAACAUUGAAAAGUCUUUUGGCCUCGGAAGAAGGUUGGACCUUGGAAUAUGAGAAGGACGGCGUCAAAGUGUGGGCCGAGAAUGCUGCCCACGGCGCUCUGCGUACAGUCAAGGUGGUUGCGGAGUUCGAGGACGUGGAGCCAGACGCGCUGUACGACGUGCUGCAUGACCCCGAGUACCGCUCUGUUUGGGACACGCACAUGCUCGCUGCAGAGGAUGCGGGACACAUCAACGUCAAUAACGACGUCGGAUACUACGCCAUGUCAUGCCCGGCGCCCCUCAAAAACCGCGACUUCGUGCUGCAGCGUUCCUGGCUGGACACGGGAGAUGAGAAGAUGAUUCUCAACCACUCCAUCUUCCACAAGGAUUACCCACCGAGGAAAGGAUUUGUUAGAGCGUUGUCUCUUCUUACUGGAUUCGUGGUUCGGACAAGAUCAGGGGCUGGCAGCUGGCUGGGCUAUGUCUCAAGAUCCGACCCUCGUGGGGCAUUACCGGCGUGGCUGGUUAACAGGGUGACAGCUCAACUAGCACCUCGACUAGUAAACCAACUCCACGCAGCAGCGCGUCGCUACCCUGGCUGGAAGGCACUCACAGACUUGCCCUACCACAAGCCAUGGAGGCACCCGGAACAAGUCCCGCCGAACAGGAUCUCUUUAGCUGAUUGUGUAGAUCCUGACGCACCACCUCCACCGGUAGACCCAAAACCAGACACGUCGAAAACAAAACUUGAAGUGCCCCAACCGAGGGAGAUAGAGAGCCACAGCAUUGAAGACCUUGGCGACAUAUCAUCAGAAUUUAGCGUCGAAGUAGAAGAGGACAUACCAGACCCACAAGACCUUAAGAAGAAAGGGAAAUUCUACAGGCUCGUCAAGUCUAUGAAGAAUAGACGGAAGAGUGUUCAGGUUGCAAAGAGCGCUGAUAAUUUAAUGGAUGGUAAGCCAGAGGAGAAACCGGAGAAGAAAAAGACCUUCAAGUUCCAUAGAAGAUUCAGCUUGAGUAGGAGGGAGGAUUGAGCUUAAAAGUGUUGUGAAUAUGGUUAUUGUUAAAGAUAACGCGUGUUACGAUUGUUUUGAUUCGCAUGUGAAUGUUUCAAAUGAUCCACGAACAUCAUGUUACAACAUUUCUUAUCUAUAUCACAAACUCGACAAAUGGCUUUUGCUUUUACCCAAUAUUACAAGUUCAGCAAAUUCUUUACACCAAAUAUGAUUUAAACAAAUAGUUUAUCACUAUCGUUUUAAACCCAACAACGUUUAUAUACGUUUUGCGAUGAUUGUUAUGGGUACUUUACGAAUGAAGUUUUUAUACGUAUAGUCCUGCUAACCUGGAGUUAAAGAAAUGUAUUAUUGUUAUUGCUAAAGUAAUUAUCAUAUAUUGGCAAAUCUGAUUAUAGGUAUACUUAUAUCAGUGUUUAUUGAAGUUAUGACUUUAGUACAAAAGUAGACUUAUAUAUUAUGUUUUUUAAAGGUGUGACGGAGUGUAGCAUAUUCAAUUGGUUAAACUGUACAUCCGGUUCCAACAGGCCGGCAUAAUUGUGCCGUCUGGCAAGGGGUGAUCAUCUCUCGUCAGGCGACAUUCUAUUGGUCCCCGUUCCAUUUACUAUUAGGUGCAGUGGGAUCGGUAUGCCGUGCACGUAUGAAAAAAUUAGAUAAACAACAUUUCUUAAAUAACUUAUUUUUAUGUAGUGAUUCAAACAGUAGUUUUAUUUAUGAGAGAGAUCGUUAGAGAGGUAAAAGUAUAGAAUAAAAUAAAUGUAAGUUGUUGGUGCAUCUAUUGUUAUUACUGUAGCAGUUUUUUUUUACUUUGAGCAUUUCUACAUUAAGCAAUGCGUACUGUUCAAACCUGUUUGAAUAAUGUUAAAAAUGUAUUAUAAAGCCGAACACACAAACAGAGCGACAUUCGAAAUAUUUUAUAUAUUGCACAGCAGGUCUUCCGACAAUUUUUAGCAGUUAACAAUGUUUCAUUAAAUUAUAUAUUAAAAUCGAUGAAUUGUACAUUUUACGAAUACAAUGCCUCGAUAUUAAUAUAAUUAUAAAUACGCUUCUAUUGGUAAAUUUUGCAAUAAAGCUACAGUUAAUUUCCCUUUAAGAUGACUUUACAGUUACUACAAAUUAAUGUAGGUACCUAUUUCAUUGUAAUCGUAAAAUAUACUUAGCAUAAAAAUAGUGUAUAACUUUGAAAAUUAUAGUCAAAUCAUUUAUAUUCGGGGUUUCAUGUUGAACGUUACGUCAUUUCUGCGGUAUCCAAAAUAUAAAAAAACGAACGCAUUUUAAAUCUAAACCAAGAUUAUUUACAAACAAAGUCAGACAAUGGUAGUGUAAAAAGGUAAUAGCUUACAAGAAACGGUGCGAAAAUCACGUAAUUCUAAACAUUACAAAAGAUUUUUUUCUGUCCACUGAAAUGAUUCCGGCUUACAUGAAAAGAUUUUGUUUAAUAAAAAUGCCUGUUUUUGUACUGUGAUAGGCGAAGUUUUUUUGCCGUCAGGUUCAAGGUUACUCAAAUCAUUGCAUUGUUUGCGGUCUACGAAAACGAUACGCUUUGAAAAAAUUGUGACUGUAUGAUACAAUCUCAUACUUUUCAUGUUUAUAGAACAUGUAGAAAUGUUGAACACAAAUUUAAAAUUAGUCAAUCUUUAAAAUAAAUCUUUGAUCUUUUAAUAUUAGUUUUUAUAUGUUGCCUACAUUUCGGCAAAUAUAUAACGUUAAUCUUUAUACUAAUAAGGUUACGAGCCCUAUUCCGUAUACGGGGCAAAUCCGCCUCUUUGCAAUUCCGGGCGUUCUAAUCGAAGGACAGCUUUGAUAACUAUAUAGAUAGAAGCUCUGAAAAAUUCCCGAUUUAUCUAAACCAUCUAUGAAAGAAUUGCAAACAGACGGAUUUGCCCCCGUAGACGGAAUAGGCCCUCCUGGCCUUAUAUCGUUUUCUUUGCUAUACCUACACAAUACGCAUUUUCCUUAAAAUCUCGACUACGUUUACAGUGUGUGCCUUUACUCUUUAUCUGUAUUCUAAUUCUCUGUAAACAUGUUUACUUCGUUUAGUGUUUAUAAUGUUUUGUAUGUCGUAGCAAGAUUUAUUACUAAAAAGUACAGUUUGCGAAAUACCCAAGUUACUGUUAAAUCAUAAAUUUUCCAACUAGAAACACAAUAAUCCUAGGAUUUUUUUAACAUGUCAAUACGUGUGUUAGCCUGGCAAGGGCUGGCUUAUAAAGAUACACCGGACUUUUGGAUGAGCGCUGUAGGCACUCGUAGCCCUUGAAAAUUAAGCGACCUGAGGGGAACCGGCUAACAAGUUACGCACCGCGGCUUAGUACCUUCAUUGGGGGAGGAUGAGCCAUCAACGAUUAUGAAUUCUAGGAUUAUACAUAUCAUUGUAAUAUAAACAUACUUUCUAAAUAUUAUGUAAUAUAAUCGAAAUUAUUUAAACAUACUUGACCAUAAUGAAAGUAUUUGCCAAUCCAUCUACGGCUUAACAAAACUUAUAAAUAAAACAUGCUACAUGCACGAAAUCUUCAACAUGUUUAAAUGUAUUAUAUUUUAAUUGAGAAUUCGUUCCACGUUAUUAACAAACGCUAUAGUGAUAGUUUUAAAAAAAAAAUACGACAUAUUACCUAGUCAGCCACAAAUGUAGCUGAAUAAAAUCAUAAUAUCAAAUCGCGUAUACAUAAUAAUAUGUAAUAUGUAAGUUUAUAUGAAGUAAAAUUUUCAUGAUCAUUAAUAAAGGGCAUCCGUUUUAUUUUAUUUUUGUUAAAAGCACAAAAGUGUAGAGACAUUUUGAAGUAUUAAAUAUAUUCAGCUGCUUAUGUGAUUGACUGUACUUUGGAAAUACGAAAAUUGCUGAGAUGCCAGUUUAAUAAUGUUGAUAUAUUAGACAAUUAAAUUAAAUCAUUUACCGUCAUUUUCAUAAACGAUCCCCAUCGCUUUCUCGAUCCAUCUCAGAAUGGACCAAUCAGAACAAAGUUUUUUGUGACAGACUUACAGUUGAGUUAUUUUAAUUGGUUCAUUCUCGGAAUCGGAUUGAGAUUGGGAUCGCUUAUUGAAAUAGACGUUAGUAAUUUUUUUUGUUACAUGUAUUUUUUAUUUUACACAGAUAUAGUUUAUAUGAAGUCCAUUUAUCGACUCACUUACCUACCCAAAAUAAUGGUGGUUGUUUCCGUUCAAUAUCGUGCUAAUUUUUACAAAAAAAGUUGAACACCACGAUUAUUCUACAGUAAUAUUAUUUUUUGUCAUUUUAUCCAAAACAUCGGUUUAAAUAAUUUGAUGUUAAAUGUGUUAUUGCUUAAUAAAAUCGUCUAUAUCGAUAAAUAUAUCAAGUCUUAUAACCAUUUAUUAUACGUAUUUACGACACAUUGUAAUCUUAACUUCUCUUAUAUAAUUUUAAAAAGAUUUUAUUAAAUUUCUAUGAAGUAUUUACGUGCUCAAUUUUGUGUAGUCAUUUCGUCUUAACUUUAGAAUACUAUUUAAUUGUACUAUAUAAGUACUAUACACAUUUAUUACUAUGAUUAUUUACCGCUGUUACUGAACUAUAUAUAUUUUAUAAUAACCAAAUAUUUAUUCAGCUUGAAUUUUGUGUACAUUAAGUCGAAUCUUAAUACAGUUGAACACUUUAUUAUCGUUAUCCUAAAUUUUAAAGGAUAUCUUUGAUACUGACAGCCUCGUUGGCGUUGUUGUAUUACGGUGCGACUGUAGUGGAGGUGUCGGGUUCGAUCCCCGGGUCUGGCAAAAUGAUAUUAGGUUUAUCUACCCAGUAUUAACCUGGAGUCUAGAAAUUGCGCCCCAUAUAGCGAUAGCCUCGUCCCUUAUCACAUCAUGGGACGGAAUAUGCGGAGCGAAAAUUGGCAGCACCAGUUGCGCGUCUGUCUACCCCUUCUGGGAUGAAAGGCGUGAAUGUGUGUAUUUUCUGUACGCUCUAAAUAUUAUAUACUAUAGUAUAAGGGCGGUCUAGAGGUACGGAGGCGUGGAGAUAGCUUUCUGCAAUCGUUAACGCUAACGGAUUUUGUAUCCAUACGGAUACCAUAUCUUAUCGAUAAAUCUAUCGGGUGGAUAUAAUAAUGUCAGCGUUAAAGAUUGCAGAAAGGCAUAUUGGGUGCGACUCCCAGUAACAUGUUAUAAAGGUACAAUUUUGUUAUAAGAAAUAUUAUUAAGUACCAACUUUUCUUUUCUAAUUGUCAGAGGUACAGCUGGAAUAAUUGAAAACAUUCAAAUCAUCAUACCUGGUUCACGUUUCUAUAAUUACCACGGUAUUAACUGAUGGUAAUACUUUACCUUUAUGCAACUAUUUGCCUUAUUAUGUAAGCCUGUUCGACACGAGUAAACAGUAGAGUCAACUACUACUGUAUCAGUUUCAAGUAAUCUACCAAGUUUAAUAAAUUUAAUUCACUUUUCUCUACCAGAUCUGUUUACAUUGGUAUAGUUAGCAGUGUCAGUACUCUACUGUCCUAUGCUAUUAGUCUACUCAUGUACAAGAAGUUUAAUGAUAAAAAGGCCGUCGAUUUUUUUACACGAUUUAUAAUUCUGCGACAUUUGUUCACUUAGCGGUCCAUAUAAAAAAUAACUGUUAAACAAAACAAUAAACUAGAUAACGUGAUGUAGUGUAUUUAUAUUUACAUCUUCAUAAUGUAAUAUAUUAUUUCGCACUUUCUUCAGAGGGGAGUACACGAAUGUGCCGUCUAAUGACGCAUGUUGCAACAAUAAAAAAAAAUAACGCCUGACACAAAAACUGUAAAAAGUAAUAAACAAAACGUGUUUGUCCUAUAUAUACAUAUAUUUAGUACUAGCUUUUGGACGCUGCUUCGCCCGCGUGAAGGAGUUUUCCGGGACAAAAGUCCCACUAAAAAAGUAUGGUAAGGUUUGUCUAACUGCAACGGUUUAGGCAGCGUACGCCAAGAUAGCAAUUAUUUUCCGACUUACUUGAUAUGUAUCGUUAUAUUAUAACUAAAUUGCACAAAAUCACUAUAAAUUAUAACCUAUGUGUUAUUCUGAUUUAUAACCAAUAUUACUGUAAAGUUUCAUCCAAAUCCGUUCAGUAGUUUUUUCGUGGAAGAGAAAUAAACAUACAUACAUCCAUCCUCACAAACUUUCGCAUUUAUAAUAUAAUUAGGAUUGUAUCUACUAAUAUUUUGAGCCAAAUGUCCUCGCGUCGGGGGACCGGUAAAGAAAUAUUGUUAUCGCACCGAUCAGGGUUCGGUGACAAAUAGACACAUAGAUAAACUUUUAAUACCUCUCUUUUACCAGGACUUAAUACGAAUAAUACCAAAAAAAAAAAAAUAUAAACUUCAGUUAUUAUACAAUUAUCUAACCUUAACUCAGUUGGAAUGUAUUUAGUAUAACUUAUUGGUACUGUAUUAACAACAAAAUAAUAUGUGAAAUGAUUUAUAAAUAGAAUGAUAAAUGAUUGAAGGCCAAAGAGAACCACCAAGAACCCAGUUAUCAUUACCUAAUUAUUACAUAUGAUGAUUGAUAAACAGUAGCUUUAAAAAGUUUUCUAUUACUAUUUUCUUAAUAUAAAACCAGGACACAUUUUUUCACCAGGAUGAUACAAUUUAUUCUCGAAAUGUACCAAUAAGGUCAUUGCGAGAAAAAAAUAUUAGACAACUGGCUUUCUUACACUGUCUUGAAAUAAGAGGACUUCAUAAAACCGCGCACGUGUACUCUUACCUCUAAACAAAUAUAGGAUAUAUGUCAUGAGCUGUGUGAGCGAUGUUUAUAGGCAAUGUUAAUGUUCAAUUUGUUGAGCCAACUAGCGUUGUAUAGAUAAUAAUUAUAAUAAAGUACAAUGUAACGGCUGCGCGUGAGUUUUAUUUCUCACAUUCAUUUUCAGGAUUAUUGGAAGGAUUGGCCUUGGUCGCGUUAUUGUGUCACGGGAAAAAUGCCUUGCUAAAGUCUUCAUUUCGA